AUGGGCCUCCUCCGUCCAGCAACACCGGGCUUUCUCGUCACCCUCAUCGCCACAAUCCUCCUCGGCGUCGUCUCCUUCUCCGUCCCCUGGUUCAAAUCCGUGUUCUUCCUCAAAGCAUCUCUUUCCGUUGAAAGCAUAAACGGCUCCGUCACUUUUGGCGUCUUGGGUUACUGUUUGGAGCUGUCCAACGGAACAACCUGCUCAAAAGCCUCGGUCGGCUAUGAACUAGACAUCAAUGCCCUCGUCGGCAACAAGACGUCCAUCGAAAUACCCAACGUCGUCGUCAAAUGGAUAACAUACGCCCUCGUCCUCCACAUCGUCGCCUUCGCCCUCGCCGCCGGCUCAGCCCUCUUCGGCCUCCUCGCCCACGUCCGCGAGCUCUCCAUGUCCUGCUUCAGCACCUGCGUCUCCGGCUUUGGCGCCGCCAUCGCCCUCCUCGCCUUCAUCUUCGACCUCGCCUUUUUCUUCAUCGCAAAGUCCCGCAUCAACUCUGUCAGCGGUGGCUCCGCCACCAUGGGCAACGCCAUCUGGCUCACCCUCGCCGCCUGGCUCCUCCUCUUCUUCUCCGGCUGCUUCUACGGCCUUGGCCGCUGCUGCAUCCGUCGCCGCCCGCGCGACGCCUUUAACAAGCGCGAGAACAGCGACCGGUGGAACCCGCCUGCCGGCGGCAACGGGGCCUACGACGACCCGCUGCGGCUCGACGCGGUCAAGGCAGAGGCGGAUAGGAAGGCCCGGCAGAAGCAGGGUGAGCAGGGUCUGCCUGCGUUCCAGGAGUACGACCCGACGCAGCCGCUGACCCACGGUGGAGACGACGAACACCCGUCGCUGCACUACCAGGACGCCGCCCCAGGCGCCGGUCAGCAGGGAUACGCGGGUGGCUAUGCGCGUGCAGCGGAGGGCACGCGAGCCGUGGACGAGUAUUACGCGCCGUCGAGUCAGCAGGCUAAUUCGUACCCGCCGCAGCCUCGGCGGCAGGCCACAGGGGGCUCGGCGCACACGCACACGACGUCGGGAUACGCGCCGUCCCAGGUCGCGUACGUGCAGGGCAUCUCCAUCACCUCGUCGCCGCCUCCCGUCCCCCCAGUGGCGAACACGGGCUACUUGGCGGCUGGCGGCCAAUACGACCAUGCUCAGUACCCCUCGCAGGUCGCCCAGUAUGACCAUGGCCAGUAUGCAUCACAAAACACCCAAUACGGGGAUGAUCAGUACGGGAACAAUUCAUUCGGGAGCAACGCAGGCGCCUCCACAUACAACAACGUCGCUGCGCCGCACGCGCAGUACGCCGCACCCACUGCCUACUCCGACCCUUACAACCCCUACGCACAACCGCAAGAACCAGUCCUCCACCCCGACACCUACAACAACACCGGCCUCCUCUAUUCAGCGCCGAGUCCCGCCCACCCCGAACCGAGCGCCUACUUCCCCCAAUCGACGCCAAUACAGCCGCCAUCACAGCCAGCACAGCAGCCAACGCGCAGCUACACGCUCGGCGGCGGCGGGUACGGCAGCAGCUCCGUCCCCGACAUGGGCGACCAGCACGCCGCCGCGGCGGCGUACAUGCCGUAUGCGGGCGGCUCGUCGGCGGCGCCGGUGGUCAACACGAACGUAGGCCGCGCGGUGGGCGCGCCGAGCCCCAGGGGCCCACGGCCGUUCUCGCAGAGCUCGGUGGACGGGGGGCGCUACGACGACAGUCCGCCGGUGUACGACGCGGCGACUGCGCAGCCUGCGGGUCAGUGGGGCGCGAAGCGGUGA